AUGGCCAGACAAUCAUCACAUUCUUCUUCCAUACCAUCAUCCCCAUCCAAAGCCCCAGUCUCCACAUGGGAGGCAGCCUUCCUCGCCUCCAGUCGCCGCCUCGCUGCCAAGCCCAAAUCAGUACCUAGAAUUGCCGAAAAACCCAGGCGAAAACCUUUAUCAUCAACAUCUCCGUCUACCCACCGAGAGGGGCCAAGAACGGAGAGUGCGCCUACCACCAGUAUUGAGAUGGUGCUCCCACUACCUCCGACUGAAAGUGAACAGCAGAGAAAGGACAACAAAGAGGUAUUUGGGAGCAUCUUAAGUUAUUUAGAGAAGAGCGGGGGGUUGCCGGAAAUAGGAGUGGUGAACCAGCCCCUGCCGUUGGAGGAGGAUAUGGGUUGUCGUGGAGGUCGUAGAGGCACGAAGCAGCCCGAGAAGGAGGUGGAGAAGGGAAUCGAUGAACAACGGGCAGAGGAAGAUGAAGUUUCCCGAAAGGAAAAAGAAAAAAAGGAGAAGAGGAGAAGUGAGAGAAGGCAACGCAAGCGAGAAGACAAGCGCCUGAGAAAAGAGGAAGAGUGGAGGAAAAGGGCAGAAAGCCCAGAUUUCAAGGAAGAAUCCACCACCGCAAGGGUGAAAGUGGGGAUGUUAGCACAAUUUGGACCAUCAACGCAACAAAAAACCUCAUGGCCGCAUUCAAGAUUAGUUGCAUCAGAGGCUCAACUCCGCGGUUCAAACGACAAAGAAGAUCCUGACAUCUCCCCACUUAUGCAGCGUCGCAAGGGUCCACAGAAGACCCAACAAUAA